UAGUCAAUCAGAAAUAUUACCGAGUGACGUAUGUUUCACUACAGAACAAUUAAGCUACUUUGAGGCUACUGUACUUGAUUGAAAAUUGAAGACAAGACUAGAUGGAAGAACAGACUGUAUCUAUACAGAAAAGAUUAGACUGUUCUCAUAGACUAGACGUAACAUAGUAAAAGUGAGACUAGAUGGAAGACCAAACUGUAUCUAUACAGACCCCACCCCUGUGUUGUAUGCUAAAUCAACGUGCCUACCGUUUCAAGUAAUUCAUUGCGGAGAGAUUCAGAAAAGUAUGUGUCCGCUCGCGCUCUUUGCGGUCUUUUUAGGACAAUUCAUUUUUUCAGUGAAAGCUUCGACCCUUACCCACAAACCGAGAGUGACAUUGACAGACAAAGAUGUGAGCUUCCUAAGAAUCCAGCUGUCUUGGAAUAACAGCCGUAUAGAGCUCCUGCAGGGCCCUCAGGACAACAUAGUAUAUGCUACAGACCACAUAAACCUGUUCCAGACAAACUUCAACAGUUCUAAGACCUCUAGAAUGAGUCCUGUGUUUCGAGAGGAAUGUAGAAGUAAUGAUUCCACAUCACCAGACUGUCACUAUAACAUCACUGUUUUACACAAGACUAACGAUCCAAACCAACUGUUCCUGUGUGGAACCAAUGGACAACAACACACAUUGUGCUGUUACAUGAACCCAUCAGACGACCCGUUUAACUGCACUCGAUCCAAGGCCAUCCAAAACAUUCAACAACACAUAAAUGAAACAGAGCCAACACUCCUCAUUGGUUCUUCUGGGGUAGAGGAGUUCUACACCACUCACUCAGGCACAGAGGGUUCCGUGGGGAUCAACAGGUUCGGGAAGAACAGACUAUGGACAGACAAUAGUGGAACAGAACAGAGAUAUGUGAGUUUGGUGGCUAGUGGGCAGAGAGAGGAUCGUCUGCAGGACAGACUAUAUGCUUUCUACAUAGAGAAGAACCGACACCCGCGUUUGGACUCUGAUCUCUGGGUUCCCCGGGUUGCUCAAGUCUGCAUGGCCGAUCGUGGAGGACCUAAGGGUUAUCUGCAGUUCAGGUGGACCUCCAAGCUGAGUGCCAGGCUCUUCUGUGGAUACCAACACAGCAGGCUGUCCUUCACCCAGCUAGUGGACGUGAACACUGUUCUGGCAGAGAGGUGGCAGGAUACCAGGGUCUAUGCACUCUUCAGGAAUGGCUGGGGUAUGAGUGCUGUAUGUGUCUACACCGUAGAAGAUAUUGACCACAUCUUUAAAACCUCCAACUUCAAGGGACACACGGGGUCCAUCCCAAACCCACGACCUGGGAAGUGUGUUGAAGACAGUACUAGACUCCCCAUGGAAGUCCUGAAGAUGGUGGACAAGGUUUCAGAGAUGGAGGAGUGUGUCACCAGUAAGCCUCUCCUGGUCACUCACCACUAUUACCACCACAUCCGCGUGGACAGAGUCCAAGGCAAAGGGAAUGUCCUGUUUCUGUCUCUAGGGAAUGGAGGGAUUCAUAAGGUUCUGGAGAGGGAUGGUCAUUCCUUCAUCAUCGCUGAGUUACAACCUUUUAACUACAGAGCACACAUCCUCAGUAUGAUGUUGCACUCUUCCACGGGGAAGCUGUAUGUGGGCUCCAGCAGAGAGCUGGUUCAGAUUGACCUGGGCAGCUGUGAGCAGUAUGGAGCCCAGUGUGAAGACUGUGUCCUGGCCAGAGACCCUUACUGUGGCUGGGAUGGCCAUCACUGCACCACAGCAACAAAUAAGACAAUUCAGGAUGUGGAGAACGGGAACCAUCAGGUAUGCAGCAACAUAUCCAGAGGAGUUACUGCAAGUAAAGUUUACGUUCUAAGGUCAUCAGGUGGCGCUGCAGAUGGAAUCAGAGUUUCUCAGUCUUCAAAGUACUUCCUCCAUUGCCCAACCUUGUCCAGCCACGCUGAGUACAGCUGGAGGCACCAUGGCAACACCACAGCAACACCGUGCAUCUCCACAGGGUCAGAGCACCAGUGUCUCCUGCUAAUAGAGAGCAUGGGCCCUGAGCAGCAGGGAACAUACAGCUGUGUGUCUGAGGAGAGGGGCUACCACAGGACCCUGGUGCAAUACAAGUUACAGCUGGACAGUGGGGCCUCAGGCCUGGCCUCUCACCGCCUGCCCUGUCUUGUUCUGGUACUAACACUGGUCCUGACUUUGCUCUGCUAGCAUCAGCUCUGUGGACUCUCACCCCAGCCCUAUGACCAAGCUGACUUGACUUGGACAUCCCUGCACUUGUACUUUGGUCUUCCUUACACCCACGCUACCUCAAGAAUAGUUCAUGACAGUCAAUGUCCGAGCCAUUUCGCUGAGCCGUUUCCUUUGUUACUUUCACAAUCGAUUGGUAAAAAACAGAACGCUGUAGAAGUUAAAGCUACUGCACUUUUGCGGAGUUAAGGAUUUAUUGGCCUCAUGCAUUUUAUAAUCAUGCUACGUUAUCCAAUAUGGAACUUUUCAGGGGUUUAAAAUAUUUAAUGUAAAAAUCUGAAUGUCAGUAUAUAUAGCAAAAACAGACUUAUAUUUGUUACAUUUUAGAAAUAAAUGUUUUAAUUAACUCCUAACUUUCUUGCUAACAGUAUGAUGGUUGUAAAUAUAUACAGUACCAGUCAAAAGUUAGGACACACCUACUCAUUCAAGGGUUUUUCUUUAUUUUCACUAUUUUCUACAUUGUACAAUAAUAGUGAAGACAUCACAACUAUGAAAUGACACAUAUGGAAUUAUGUAGUAACCAAAAAAGUGUAAAACAAAUAAACUCAGCAAAAAAAGAAACGUCCUCUCACUGUCAACUGCAUUUAUUUUCAGCAAACUUAACAUGUGUAAAUAUUGGUAUGAACAUAACAUUCAACAAGAAGCCAUAAACUGAACAAGUUCCACAGACAUGUGACUAACAGAAAUUGAAUAAUGUGUCCCUGAACAAAGGGGGGGUUAAAAUCAAAAGUAACAGUCAGUAUCUGGUGUGGCCACCAGCUGCAUUAAGUACUGCAGUGCAUCUCCUCCUCAUGGACUGCACCAGAUUUGCCAGUUCUGAGAUGUUCUUUCUGAGAUGUAGCCAUUAUUUACUAUUUUACACCUAGGGUUACUAUACAUAACUUUAACCCAUUUUAUAAGAGAUUCUCCAAAAUGUAAAUAUUCCGGGAGCAGGUGCAAUUUGCAGUUCAAGAUCAAGCAAACGUAGCAGAAUUCAAAGUUGGGCUGUACAACAUGCAAAAAGGUAGGGAGCUUCGGUCUAGAAAUGACUGGAGGGAUUCAACUAGCAAAAGAGUGGGUGGAAUGAACGGUAAAUUAACAUUCUAUGCAUCAGAUGUAAAAAAAAAAAAAAAAAAGAUUUAAAAAAAAGAAGAACAACAGCAAGCCUUGUAGAGGACACCCAGGUUAACACUCAAAAAUGUAAUAAAAAAUAGCCACUACUGCCAGUCUUCAGAACAGCCUUAGGAGGAUGCUAAACAUCACAGCCACAUGCCUGCUCAUGGCUUCGAGCAAGAAGUUGACAUGGUAGGGAAAAAAAAUAGUUUCAAGUUUGUAAUCUGAAUAUGAGCCUCAUAUUAUCACAUAUAAAUUCUCAAAUGUGUGUUCUGCUGUUGCCUUAAUGUAUUUAAAGUUAUAUUAUGAUAUUUUGAUAUUUGUUUUACUUCUACAUUGUCUUGAAAAUGAUAUGAAAUUCGGGUCUUGAAAGCCCCACAGCUGAGUAUGUGUGCAUAUGUCUGGUGUUCUCCAGUGUCGUCUAAAAAUGUUUCUGUACAUUGAUGAGGCUAUAAGAAAUUCAGACUUGUGUAAGCCCCGCAUCUACACUCACAUCAGUGAAUUCUAAAAUGCUUUGAAUAAUUAGCACCUUGGAGAGUGCUGUCCGUUUCACCACCAUAGAUAGUAGGCUACUUGGAGAGUGCUGUUUCACCACCAUAGAUAGUAGGCUACUUGGAGAGUGCUGUCCGUUUCACCACCAUAGAUAGUAGGCUAUUUGGAGAGUGCUGUUUCACCACCAUAGAUAAUAGGCUACUUGGAGAGUGCUGUUUCACCACCAUAGAUAGUAGGCUACUUGGAGAGUGCUGUUUCACCACCAUAGAUAGUAGGCUACUUGGAGAGUGCUGUUUCACCACCAUAGAUAAUAGGCUACUUGGAGAGUGCUGUUUCACCACCAUAGAUAAUAGGCUACUUGGAGAGUGCUGUUUCACCACCAUAGAUAGUAGGCUACUUGGAGAGUGCUGUUUCACCACCAUAGAUAAUAGGCUACAUGGAGAGUGCUGUUUCACCACCAUAUAUAAUAGGCUACUUGGAGAGUGCUGUUUCACCACCAUAGAUAAUAGGCUACUUGGAGAGUACUGUUUCACCACCAUAGAUAGUAGGCUACUUGGAGAGUGCUGUUUCACCACCAUAGAUAGUAGGCUACUUGAAGAGUGCCGUUUCACCACCAUAGAUAAUAGGCUACUUGGAGAGUGCUGUUUCACCACCAUAGAUAAUAGGCUACUUGGAGAGUGCUGUUUCACCACCAUAGAUAGUAGGCUACUUGGAGAGUGCUGUUUCACCACCAUAGAUAGUAGGCUACUUGAAGAGUGCCGUUUCACCACCAUAGAUAGUAGGCUACUUGGCUGCUACGUUGUGUUUGACACUUUUUUCUCAAUGUGUUCCAGUACCAGAGCCCCCCAUGAUAAUGUAGGCUAUACAAUAGAAAUAAGAUUUUUUAUUUAACAGGAAGCAGAGAAAGUCAAGGUUGCCAAGAAUUAAGACAUUCAAGAGCGCCCAUCCCUGCAAGUUAAAAGACUGCAAUUUAAAUUCUGCAUAACGGCACAGCAUUUAGUCAACUUCACUGUGGGAAAUGUGAUACUGUAUGCUUCAGUUUGCUGCCAUAUGACUGGUUUCACAUUUGUCUCUAAGGUAAAAUAUAUAUUUUUAAAUGUCAUUUAUAUUUACAAUUAACUUAUCCAAACGGAUUUCUUAUUUACCUAUCUCUUGAACUCUUAUCAAGUUGUAAAUUACAGUCCUUGGAGAACGGUGUUAAUUCUAUCGGGAAAAAAUGUAAUGCUUUAUACUCCUGGAACCGGUCGGUUCACUAGACCUUAUUUAUGGUUUCGUCACAAGUAAAGGUGGUAAAAUGAGGAAAUUAAGUCGAGAUCACAUCUUCAUUUAUUCGGUCUACACUCUAAACAAAUAGUGGAUGAAUAGCUUGCUAUUAUCAUGCUAAACAGAAUACUCGGAGAAAAGUGUAUUAACUCGGGUCGGAAUUGGGUCCUAAUGCUUAGACCUGUUGUGUAUCAGAUGGAAAGGUUUGUGUUGAGUUUGAGUAAGUGUGAACAUGAGUCAAUGAGUGAAGAGUGAGUAGUCGAGAGGUGUGGGUAGCUAACAGGAACCACACACAAUGGAAAGUCAGCUCUUCCGGAGGUGGGGGGCUUUUGCAUGCUGAAUCAUUUCCGAAACCUACAAAAUACCAUAAAAUGUUUUAGGGUUAUCCACGACACAAAAAAUCUGACACCUCAUUGUGAGA